AUGAAGUUUUCUUUGUUGUCACUGGCGACCUUUGCCACGGCCGCUGUGGCUAGCACAAUGGACCCCAUUACUAUCAAGGGCUCCAAAUUCUUUUACUCUAGCAAUGACACUCAAUUUUACAUGCGCGGUGUUGCUUAUCAAUACUCCAACAGCGAGGAUCCUCUGGCCGAUGCCACCGCUUGUGAGCGUGAUGUUCCUAUCAUGAAGGAGCUGCGCACCAAUGUCAUUCGGACCUACUACAUCAACCCCGACGCCGACCACACCGCGUGCAUGAAGCUUCUCCAAGAUGCGGGCAUCUAUCUCAUCUCUGAUCUGUCGUCCCCCAACAGUUCCAUUAACCGUGCCGACCCUGAGUGGCAGGUUAGCCUCUACUCCCGCUACACCAGUGUCAUCGACGAGCUUCAGCAGUACAACAACACCAUCGGUUUCUUCGCCGGUAAUGAGAUCUCUAACACUGCCGCCACCACCGAUGCUAGCGCCUACGUUAAGGCCUCUGUCCGUGAUAUGAAGACUUAUAUCAAGCAGAAGGGAUACCGUAGCAUGGGUAUUGGAUAUGCCACUGCUGAUGUUACCAACAUUCGCGUUAACCUCGCCAACUACCUGGACUGUGAGAAUGAUGAUGAGACCAUCGAUUUCUGGGGCUACAACGUUUACUCCUGGUGUGGUAACUCCACCUAUGAGAAGUCUGGCUACAGUACCCGAACUGAGGAGUUCCGCAAUUACACUGCUCCUGUGUUCUUUGCGGAGUAUGGUUGCAACGACGUUCAACCUCGUCCGUUCACUGAGGUUACCGCCCUUUACGGCGACACUAUGGCCGAGGUCUGGUCUGGUGGUAUUGUCUACAUGUACUUCCAAGAGGCAAACGACUACGGUCUCGUAUCUGUGGUUGACAGCACUAGUGUCAGCAAGUUGGCGGACUUCACCUCCUACUCCAAGCAUAUUGCCACUGCCUCUCCUACCGGUACCAACAAGGCUUCUUAUACUCCGACCAACACUGUCCUGCAAGCUUGCCCGACUGUGGACUCGACCUGGCUGGCUGAAGCUUCUCCCCUUCCCCCGACCCCAGAUUCCACCCUUUGCGACUGUAUUGCCAAUGAGGCAGCUUGUGUUGUGAGCGACAGCGUCAGUGAGGCUAAAUACGGUACCUUUUUGGGUGUUGUUUGCGGCUACACUGAUUGCGGUGGCCUGGACUCCAACGCGACCACUGGCAAUUAUGGUGCCUACAGCAUGUGUGGCGUUAAGGACCAGCUCGCUUUCGCUCUGAACAAGUACUACAGCGAGCAGAAUAAUGAGGCAUCUGCCUGCUCAUUCAAGGGAUCUGCUACUACUCAAGCUACCACCAAGGCCACUGGUACUUGUUCUGCCCAGAUUAAGGAGGCUGGAACUGCUGGAACCGGCACUGUUUCCACCGAGGCCACUGCUACUUCUGGCUCUGGCUCUAGCUCCACUUCAUCCAGCUUCGCUUCUCCCAUCGGCCUUCACUCGAGUGCUUCUUUCGGAUCUUUCCAGAUCGCUGCCUACAUCGUUACCGCUCUCCUGGCCGGUGUUGGUAUGGUCGCUCUGUGA